AUGGACGACAGUGAGCUAAUGAGAAUCUGUUCAGUGGGCGGCAAUCCCGUAUCGGCUUUCCUGUCUUGGCGACUCCAGGCCACCAACGCCUGCGAUGUUACUCUUGUUUGGAAGUCGGGCUUCGAACAUGUAUCCCAAUAUGGAAUCUCGUUCAAGUCCUCUAUUUUUGGCAAUGAACGAUUCAAGCCGCGACAUGUUGUCCGAAAUCCAGAAGAUGCCGCGAACGCUCGAGACGGUCCUUUCGAUUAUGUCGUCCUCUGUGUAAAAGCCCUCCCCGAUGUCUACGACCUCGCCGCUGUUAUCGACUCGGUUGUCACACCUCAUCACACAUGUAUUCUUAUCAACACAACAAACACGCUCGGCGUCGAGGCCGCUAUCGAAGAGCGGUUCCCUACCAACAUUGUCCUUUCCCUCGUUUCCGGCGCCGAAGUUGUGCAGCUCGGCCAAAGCGAGUUUGAGCACAAGGGCUCAACCGAAAUAUGGGUUGGCCCCGCCAACAAGAACGCCAACAUUCCCGCGAGCAUUCAGGAUGAUAUGGCACAGGCUUUGGCAGUGACUCUCAGCUCCGGACAGGUAGACUGUAAAGUAUCACCGAACAUCCGACAGCACCAAUAUGAGAGAGUGAUUGGUCCCAUCGCUUUCCACCCAGCUAGUGUUAUCUUUGAGACGCCGAACCAUGCUGCUCUUCUUGAGAAGGUUGGAGUCAAGGACCUUGUUUCUGAUGUCGUUGACGAGCUAAUUGGCUUGGCUAAUGCUAAUGGCUGCAAAUUUGAUGCCGACUUCAAGCAGAAGACCAUCAAUGACAUGUCAAAAGUCACUACUGAGAGUAUUAUGUGGCAAGACUAUACCGCUAGGAGACCCAUGGAGGUUGAGACGUACCUGGGCUCGCCCAUCAAGUUGGCUCGCGACUCCAAAGUUGCCAUCCCUCGAAUUGAGACACUCUACGCAAUCCUUCACAACCUGAACAGUGUCAACCGGAACAGGCCCAAGUCGGGUGAUCAUCCCGCCGUUCUCCCGCCUGCUUCACCGACUGCCACAUCGCCCUUACCACCUCGGAUGCCAUCCCAGAACAGUCAUCGUCCCAUGAUGAACGGCAAUGGAAUGCCUCCUCGUGGACCCAGGCCCAGGAACUCAUCAAACCUGAGCCAAGCAGGCAUGCGCCGCGGGCCACCUCCGAUGAAUGGCGGUCCACCCCCGAACGGCUAUGGUCGAAUUCCUCCUGCGAUGAACGGGGGAGGCUCCAGACAGCCUUCAAGGCGAGGGUCGAUGGAGGAGAACAGUCUCGAAGAGUUUUCGCACCUUGUGCUAUACGAUGAUAUCCCGGAAGGCUCGGAAGCGUCUGGUCCCGCCGUUGAUCAGUCAGACAUCGCCCUUCGUGAGCGAGAGAUGCAGCUCCGGCAACGCGAAUUGGCCCUUCGGGAGCAGGAGAUGCGGAUGCGCCGUGGGCCACCACCACCUGGUCCUGGUGGGCCUGGUGGGCCUCCCCGCCGUGGUCCUCACCCCAUGAGAAACAGCAAGCAGGUCUUUGACGACGACGAUGAUGAUGAUGAUGAAUACUUCGACCCCACAGCCAACCCCGCGCCUCCUAUGAUCGACCCGGACAACUUCGACAUGAUGAGCAUGACCUCGAGGAAGAACCGAAAGGUCCCUGGACCGUCCCAAGCGCAGAUCCGCCGUAACCCAGACGAUAUGCCCCCGCCGACUCGCGGCAGCAGAUUCCGGCCGAACUUUGGUGCUCGCAACCGUUCGAGUCAGAUGAGCCAUGCACCUACCACUACCGCUGAUAUUCUCGAGGACCCUCUCAUGGGCUAUUCCUCGAACCGAUACGGAACUGUGGACAGAGGGACGAUGAACGCUGGCUCCCGCGCCAACUCACUAACAGCAUCGAGGAUGGAAGAUUUCCAGUAUGGCCCCGGCCCCGGUGGUCCCCCAGGAAUGAACGGUGCCUAUCCUCGAAGGACUAGUCAAUCUCCGGGCAACCCAUAUAGCCCUUCAAUGCGAGGCGGUCGCCGCCCCUCUCCUCCUAACGGAUACGGACCACCCGGACCCGGCAUGAACGGACGUCCAUCGCCCCCCGACGGUGUUCGCCAACCGGUUCCCCGAUACCCCCCGGGUCAGGGAAACCAGGUGGCGCCACAGCAGGUUGAGCAACAUAUCGGGGUGAGCACCCUUCCUCAAACUAAGCCUAGAAACGAUCGAAGUCUGACGGGCAGUGCGAGCGCUAGCGCGGACAGUGGUGAAUUCGACUCGGAUCCGUCACAUAUCAGUCAGGGCAGCCUACGACAGCGCCUGCCCAUAGGAGUGCGGUAA